GCCCAACCGCCCCCGCACCGCGGGGCUGACCCUACCACUGCGGCGCGGGGGGGAUGGGGGCUGGGAGCAUUCUUCAUCGGCUCCGCUCUUACCAGUGAGAUGCCGAGAGGGAAGACAGAACAAAGGAGCAUCCCGGUGGUGGCCCGUGCAGGGAAUAGCGCCCCGCGGGUCUCCCCUUCCAGCUCCUCGGCCUGCCCGUAGGGUGGAGCCCGCCAUAGGCCUGGCCAGCAGCGUGCGAUGCCUCUCUUUGGGAACUCCUUCAGCCCGAAGAAGACCCCCCCCAGGAAAUGGGCCUCGCUGUCCAACCUGCACCUGCUGGAUAGAUCCACCCGUGAGGUUGAGCUGGGCCUGGAAUACGGCACCCCCACAAUGAACCUUGCUGGCCAGAGUCUCAAGUUCGAAAAUGGCCACUGGGUUUCAGAAUCAGGAGGCUUCGUGGGGGAUCGCAGGGAACUGCAGCGCUUGCGCAAACGAAACCAGCAGCUAGAGGAAGAAAACAACCUACUUCGGCUCAAAGUGGACAUUCUGCUGGACAUGCUUUCUGAGACCACUGCCGAGUCCCACCUCAUGGAGAAGGAGCUGGAGGAGCUGAAGCAGCACAGCCGGAGGAAGAAGUGAACAAGAGAUGGCCAGGCUGGUUCUGGGUCUUGGCCCACAGGAUGCUGGGGCUGGCUUGGGCCUCCCAGCCAUGUUGGUACUGUGUGGAGGUACUUUGUUUCACGGGACCACGAGUGCCGAGAUGCCUCCAGCGUUGUGUGGUGCCGUGGGUACUGCUAAUGGCUGGUUUGUCACCACAGCGCUAUUAAUUAACACGAUUUUCCUCAGAGCACUUUACCUUGCUACGUUUCCUCACUGCAGCCCAGCAUAGGUACCCUCUUCUCUAAGGCAGCCGGACAGCAGGCGGUGGGGAAGAUCCCGUCUCCAUGAGGGCUCCUGCUCGCCUUCUCCGCUUACCGAAGCGGGGAGACCUCUGCCCGUUCCCCCUGGGGAGCCCGCGGGUGCUUGUACAAGCCUCACCGUCUGCCUUGGGCGAGCAGGAUGCUGCAGUUGCUCGUUCUAGAGAGUUUUGCAUAUUUUAUAUAAAACCUUGCAAUUAAAACCCGCUUCUGAGGGUGUUUGUAACGC